AUGAUCUUCCGUACUUCUUUAACGCUGGCGGGGACAUCUUUUCUUAAAAACAUUAUUAGAAACGGAUCCGGAAAGUCGUCUACUAUAUUUUCCCUUUGCUCUGGCCAUGGAAAAUGUGGAGUUUCGGUAUUUCGAAUUUCCGGACCCGAUGCUCUUUCUGCUAUAAAGUCGAUGACCAAAAUUAAUACUAGGUCGUCAACGUUAACUAAGAAAGCAGUGUUUUACGCAAAAAUAUUACAUUCAAGAACGCAAAAACAGAUUGAUCAAGGCAUUGUCUUGUGGUUUCCAGGUCCCAAUAGUUUCACUGGUGAAGAUGUGUGUGAGCUCCAGACUCAUGGAGGCCCAGCCAUUGCAAAACUUAUUCUAUCGUCACUUUCGUCACUACAAAAAUUUAGACCUGCAUUGCCUGGUGAAUUCAUCAGAAGGUCAUUUGAAAAUAGUAAAAUAGACCUUACACAGGUAGAAGGUUUACAUGAUUUGAUAAAUGCUGAAACUAGUGAACAGCAUUCUCUAGCUUUAAAUAUGUACAAUGGUCAAUUGAAAGAAACUUAUACUAACUGGAGUAAUACUUUGUUGAAGAAUUUAGCCUAUCUUGAAGCUCUGGUAGAUUUUGGUGAAGAGGACAAUCUGGAUGAAAACAUUUAUAACAAAGCCAUACAGAGUGUCACUUGUUUACAUGCUGAAGUUGCGAAUCAUUUAAAUGACAGUAGAAUAUAUGAACAAAUAAGAGAUGGUGUUAAAGUUUGCAUAAUUGGGAAAUCCAAUGUUGGAAAAAGUAGCUUGCUAAAUGCCCUAUGUAAUGAAAAAUAUAUAUUUGUUUCAGGAACAACUCGCGACAUUAUUGAAGUGACUGUAAAUGUUGAUGGUUACAUGUUGGUUGUUAGUGAUACUGCCGGGAUGAGAGAAACUGUUGAUAAAGUGGAAAGGCUUGGUAUCGAAAGAGCGGUUGAUUGGUAA